AUUCUCUCAAUGUGUAAGCCUAAAUAUAGUCAUGUGUGAUCUUGUUUGAUUUGUCUUAACAUAUAGAUUAUUAAUAUAUAAUUUCUAUAAUUUUUUAAUAUACAAAUUACAAGAUAAAAUGGAUUAAAGAAGUGUAUUGGAUGAUGUGUAAAAAANAAUAAUACUCCCUCCGUCCCGGAGUAUUCGUCCAGUUUUGACUUUUGGAACUGUUCAUCUAAGCACUUUGACUCAUCAAAUUCUCUCAAUGUGUAAGCCUAAAUAUAGUCAUGUGUGAUCUUGUUUGAUUUGUCUUAACAUAUAGAUUAUUAAUAUAUAAUUUCUAUAAUUUUUUAAUAUACAAAUUACAAGAUAAAAUGGAUUAAAGAAGUGUAUUGGAUGAUGUGUAAAAAAGAAAAUGGACAAAUACUCUGGGACGGAGGUAGUAUGAUGUUAGGUUGGCUUGAAAAAAAAUAAAGCCGGUUUGCAUGAUGAACAUGAUCAUCCCCACAGAGUCACCAUCGGAAGACAAGCAUGGAGCAGAACAAGAAUCCCUGCCAUCAUUAUCUCACCAUCCUCCUCCCCCAUCUGAUGAGCUGUUUGAUAUAUCAACAACUGUUGAUCCCGGUUAUGUAAUAUCUUUGAUACGAAAACUCCUACCAAUAGACGACAAAGAUGGAGAUAUCUCUGGAGAACAAAAAACUGAAGAAUUGAAGACCGUUUCAGUUUCUGCAUCUGAAAAUUGUGAAGGGAUGUCUACAGAUGAUGAAAAUAAAUCUUUGGACGUUGCUAAUGAUGUUGAUCAAGUAGAGAAAUUUCAAAGGUUAGAUGUUGUCUGCUGUGGAAGUACAGAGAAGGGGUUAGCAGCAGGAGAAGAGGCCUGGCAAGAGUGUGGUUGUAUUUUAUGGGAUCUUGCAGCAAGUAAACCUCAUGCUGAAUUCAUGGUCCAAAAUCUUAUACUUGAAGUUCUCUUUUCCUCUCUUCUGGUUUCAAAAUCUGCGCGAAUGACAGAAAUUAGUCUGGGAAUCAUUGGAAACCUAGCUUGCCAUGAACUAUCCAGGAAGAUGAUUUCUUCCACAGAUGGAUUGACUGAAGCAGUUUUGGAGCAGCUGUUUCUUGAUGACAUACCGUGCCUUUGUGAAGCAUGCCGGGUAGUUACUUUAUGUCUUCAAGGGGAUGAGAGGGUUAUUUGGGCAGAGGCUUUGAGAUCUGAACAUUUGUUAUCUCGAAUGCUGUGGGUUGUGGAAAAUACUUUAAACCUACAACUUAUUCAUAAGAGUAUUGGUUUGCUCCUAGCAGCAUUGCAAAGUAAGGAAGUCGCUGUGAUUCUUCAACCACCAUUAAUGAAGUUGGGUCUCCUGCGUCUUUUGGUUGACCUCUUUUCCUUUGAGAUGUGCAAACUAAGGGAAGAGCGAUUACCUGAAAGGUACUAUAUUCUUGAUUUGGUACUUCAGACCAUUGAGGCUCUUUCUGUCAUGGAUGAAUCUUCACAAGAAAUAUGCGCAGAUAAAGAACUUUUUGUACUACUUACCAACCUAAUCAAACUGCCUGAAAAAAUUGAGGUUGCUGAUUCUUGUGUUACUGCAGCUGUUUUGAUAGCAAAUAUUCUAACAGAUGCAGCUGAUCUAACUCUAGAAAUAUCACAAGACCUUUUGUUCUUGCAGGGUCUAUUUAGGAUAUUCCCUUUUGCCUCAGCGGAUGCAGAAGCAAAGAGUGCUCUUUGGAGCAUCAUUGCAAGAUUUCUGGUUCAAGUGUUAAAACUUGAACUGAGCCCUCUGCAGCUACACCAAUAUGCCUCAGUUAUCACAAGUGAGUCAGAAGUGAUUGAGGAAGAACUUCUCGAUGAUCACUCCCCCGAAGAACAUGGGAGCACUGCUACCCUUUCAAGAUUAGUUGCUAGAAAUGCAGCUCUCAACUCGAUUGUUCAGAUUUUAAAUCAAUGGGUGAGUGUAGAGGACAGAAUAAAGGAGUCUGCUGCCAUGGGGAAAUACCAUGUGAACAAAGAAGAUGCUCACAAGUUGCUGUGCUGUUGUGAACAAUAUAUCAAGUGAGACUAAACCAUGUGCGUGCACGGAUGGGUGGGGAAAUUGCUGUCAGAGUUAUAGUCUUGAAACAUGACAUCCCAGAGAUGUGUCGUUAAGACUACUUAGAAGAAGACUCAUAUCCUUUAAAUGGCUUGCAAUCAUCCUUGGACUGUAUGAGAAAGUUUUAUCCCUUCUAUCCCUUCCAUGGUUUUCAAAUGCAAUUGAGGUGGUCCACUUCAAGGCAGUGAGGCUUAAAGAUGGUUGGUUUAAGCCUCAUGUUGGUAUCUCGAGGCUUGCGCGUUCUAGACUUAAACAAGGCUUAUGCUUUGGACCUUUAUCAUGAUUGUAUCAUAGUUCUUUGAUUCUAUUGGGCUUGGACAUGUGUAUUGG